CAUUCGUACUACCUGAGUUAACUACAUUAAACACCCUGCGCUUUUAAAAUUAAUCACUUACACCUGAUGUAGUAUGAAAAUAUUCCACUUACACCCCUUGUGUUAAAGAAAACCCUCUCUCCUCUCCUCUUUUUUUCCAUCUUUACGGCUUUGGCUUUUUCUUGUGAUCUGAAAAGUUAGGGUUUUCUCCAAAAAGAAGACAUAUCGAUUUUGAGUUGGUUUAGGGUUUAGAGAGAUCUGUUAAUUUAGAAGAUAUGUUUUGGAAGCUGACUUCUCUUUCUGGUUGUUCUCCGGUUGAAGCAGUAUUAGACAAGGAAAACUUCACAUUGGAAGAGCUUCUCGAUGAAGAAGAGAUAAUUCAAGAAUGCAAAGCUUUGAACAGCCGUCUCAUAAAUUUUUUGAGAGAUAGAGCCCAGGUUGAGCAGUUGCUGCACUACAUUGUUGAUGAGCCUUCUGAGGAUGCCGAUAGCCAGCGGAAAUUUAAGUUUCCUUUUAUUGCCAGUGAGAUAUUCACCUGUGAAAUUGAUGUUAUCCUUAAGACUCUAGUGGAAGAAGAAGAGCUCAUGAAUUUACUCUUUUCCUUCUUGGAAUCAAGUCGUCCGCAUAGUGCAUUGCUUGCUGGGUACUUUAGUAAGGUCGUGAUAUGCCUCAUGCUGCGGAAGACCGUUCCCCUCAUGAACUAUGUUCAGGCGCACCAUGAUGUUUUCCGCCAGAUGGUGGAUUUGAUUGGUAUAACAUCCAUAAUGGAGGUUUUGGUGCGACUUGUAGGUGCCGAUGAUCAAAUCUACCCUAACACGACAGAUGUGAUGCAAUGGUUAGCUGACAGCAAUCUUUUAGAAAUGAUCGUGGAUAAAUUGAGCCCUUCUAGUCCUCCUGAAGUACAUGCUAAUGCAGCAGAGACGCUAUGUGCAAUAACUAGAAGCACACCAUCGCCUCUGGCUACUAAACUAUCUAGCCCAAGCUUUGUAGCAAGGAUAUUUGGUCAUGCCCUUGAAGAUUCACACUCAAAGUCUGCCCUUGUCCAUUCUUUGACUGUCUGCAUAUCUCUGUUGGAUUCAAAAAGAUCAAUCCCAUCAUUUAUGAUGUAUUCCUUCCGGAGCCAGCAUGUUUACGAGUCACCCAUGCAUGUCAGUCCUGACACUAUUGGUGCAAUGCUGCCUAAACUUGGUGACUUGGUCAAGCUGUUGAACGUGACCUCUGAUGAGAAGAUUCUGCCUACAACAUAUGGUGAACUCAGACCACCUUUAGGGAAGCAUCGCUUAAAGAUUGUGGAAUUCAUUUCCGUGCUACUGAAAGCUGGCAAUGAAGCUGCAGAGAAAGAGUUGAUCAGCUCUGGGACAAUUGAAAGAGUCCUGGAUCUCUUUUUUGAGUACCCUUACAAUAAUGCAUUACAUCAUCACGUGGAGAGUAUAAUAUACUCCUGCGUGGAAAGCAAAAGCAAUAUCAUUGUUGACCAUCUUUUUGAAGAGUGCGAUUUGAUUGGGAAGAUACUUCAAACGGAUAAACAGUCUACAGUCUCUAGUGAUGAAAAACAGCCAACUUUACCUGCCACUGGGCAACGAGCACCCCGAGUGGGUAACAUAGGACAUAUAACACGGAUUUCUAACAAACUUGUUCAGCUGGGAAAGAAUGACAUCUACAUUCAAGCACAUCUUGAGAAAAAUAUGGAAUGGAGUGAUUGGCAAACUACCGUCUUACAGGAGCGUAAUACAAUCGAAAAUGUCUACCGAUGGGCUUGUGGCCGACCAACUGCAAUGCAAGAUCGGAUGAGAGACAGUGAUGAGGAAGAUGUUCAUGACAGAGAUUAUGAUGUAGCAGCUUUAGCCAAUAAUCUUAGCCAAGCAUUCAGAUACACCAUAUAUGACAACAAUGAUGCUGAAGAGGGUCAUGCAGCUCUUGAACGAGAUGAUGAGGAUGUUUACUUUGAUGAUGAGUCUGCUGAAGUUGUGAUAUCAUCCCUUCGAUUGGGAGAUGAGCAGGGGAGCAGUUUGUUCACAAACUCAAACUGGUUUGCUUUUCAAGAUGAUAGACUUGGUGAUGCACCUAUGAACACCUCACCUACAGAGGCAAUGGAAGAGAUCAACCUUAAUGGAACAUCAAAUGGUGGGAAUAGCAAUAGUGAUGACGAGGUGGUAGUUGGAGAGGAGGAUGACUUGGCUGAGAGCAAAAAUUCUACAGAUGGAACACCUACUUCUAGUUCAAAUGCCUUUAGUGGAUUUGGUGGAUCGAAUUCUGUUAAUGGCGGUAACUUCAAUCAACAAAAUGAGAAAGCAGGUCAGUCAGAUGACAUGGGUUUCUUCCGCUUUGAGACGACAGACAAUGAUGACCCCUUUGGACACAGGCCUAUGCCUGAAUGGGCAGCAUGGGGGAAUGCAUCAGAUUUUCAAGUUGGUAGAUCCAGUGUGAACCCAUUUGAAGAUUCUAGUAACUCUAGUGGCCCUCUGGCCGAUUCAGUGGAGGCAGCGACUCCUGUGGUAAGCUCCACUUCUAGUGGUAGUGAAGAAUCUAUUCCAAAUGGUGUCUCAACAUCUCCAGAUUCUAGCAAAAGUUCAUAUAGAUCUGAGUCUUGUCAGAAAGCAGCUACCGUUCCUUCUUCUUUGUUUGAAGAGGAUGUUGAAUUUGUCGGUGUAGAAUUAGAGGGUACUGAAAAGGCAAUGGAACAUGCUCUAAAAGAGGGGAUAGUUGGGGAGGCUGCUCCAUUGAAAAGGAGCAUUGUUACCAAGAGUCCUGAAAAGGAGAGUACAGAUGAUGGUGGGGAAGGAAUAAAAGAGUACAAUGAUGCAAACUAUUGGAGAGUAGACCAAGAAGUUUCAGUAUCAGAGUAACUGCAUGUAAAAAUUUGUUGGUCUUCAUUUGAACCUGGAAUUCAGCGCUGAUUGCCUGGAUCCCCAUUUUCAGUUGGUGAGAUUAUGCAGCGGUUGUGUACAGUAGACUUCUUUUCCGAAUCAAACAAUAGGCUAAUAUAAUGGUUGUAACUGAUUAUUUGCUGUUACACUUCUUGAUGUUUAUUGUUCAGCCUCUUCUAUUUUUUCAAUCGUCAAAUUUUGAUCGUGUCUCUCUUUAUUGAAUGCAUUUGGAAUCUUGUAUCUGGUGUAAUCAAA